AUGGCCGGCACGCGUUGGGAUGGGGCGCUGCUCCGGGUCUGCAGCUGUAACUGCAGCAGCUGCCGGCGCACCGGCGCCGCCUGCCUGCCCUUCUGCUUUGACACUGGCUCUAUCCCGUCGGGCGUCUCGGGCCGCCGCCGCCUGCUGCUGCUGCUCUGGGCCGCCGCGGCCGCUGCCUCCCAGACGCGUGGCCUCCAGACCGGGCCUGUGCCUCCCGGGAGGCUGGCGGGGCCUCCCGCUGUGGCCACCUCUGCCGCGGCCGCGGCCGCCGCCUCCUGCCCUGUCCUCCGUGCCCCUCUGCUGCCGCAGUCGCUGGCGGCGGCUGCGGCGGGCCCGAAGCGCAGCUACAGCAAGGAGUCCAAAACUACUUACCUGGAAGACCUUCCACCACCUCCUGAGUGUGAAUUGGCCCCGUCCAAGUUAGAAGAGGAAGUGGAUGAUGUCUUUCUCAUGCGAGCUCAAGGACUGCCCUGGCAGUGCACUGUGGAAGAUGUGCUUAACUUUUUCUCAGACUGCAGAAUCCGCAACGGUGAGAAUGGAAUACACUUUCUCCUAAAUAGAGAUGGGAAACGAAGGGGUGGUGCCUUAAUUGAAAUGGAGUCAGAGCAGGAUGUGCAGAAAGCCUUAGAGAAGCACCGCAUGUGCAUGGGCCAGCGGUAUGUGGAAGUAUAUGAGAUAAACAAUGAAGAUGUGGAUGCCUUAAUGAAGAGCUUGCAGGUCAAAUCUUCGUCUGUGGUAAAUGAUGGUGUGGUUCGUUUGAGAGGACUUCCUUAUAGUUGCAAUGAGAAAGACAUUGUAGACUUCUUUGCAGGACUGAAUAUAGUUGACAUUACUUUUGUGAUGGACUACAGAAGGAGACGAAAAACGGGAGCCUAUGUGCAAUUUGAAGAACCAGAAAUGGCCAACCAAGCCCUGUUGAAACACAGGGAAGAAAUUGGUAAUCGAUACAUUGAGAUAUUUCCAAGCAGAAGGAAUGAAGUUCGAACACAUGUUGGUUCUUAUAAGGGAAAGAAAAUCACAUCUUUUCCUACUGCUAAGUACAUAACUGAGCCAGAAAUGGUCUUUGAAGAACAUGAAGUAAAUGAGGAUAUUCAACCCAUGACAGCUUUUGAAAGUGAGAAGGAAAUAGAAUUGCCUAAGGAGGUGCCAGAAAAGCUUCCAGAGGCUGCUGGUUUUGGAACUACGUCUUCUCUGCAUUUUGUCCACAUGAGAGGAUUACCUUUCCAAGCCAAUGCCCAAGACAUUAUAAACUUUUUUGCUCCACUCAAGCCUGUUAGAAUCACCAUGGAAUACAGCUCCAGUAGGAAGGCCACUGGAGAAGCUGAUGUGCACUUUGAGACCCAUGAGGAUGCUGUUGCAGCGAUGCUCAAGGAUCGGUCCCACGUUCAUCAUAGGUAUAUUGAACUGUUUCUGAAUUCAUGUCCAAAAGGAAAAUAAGACUCCAGGGGCUCCAGAUAAUAAGGGUGAAACAAGAAGCAUUUCAUUUGCACAUCUUUCUUGGACAUGGGAUAUACAGUUCCAGUUUAUUAGCAGCAACUGCUAGGGAAAUGAUUUUGGUGUUUUGGGUUAAUUGUUUCUAAGAAAAGUUUCAUAGUGGACUGUUUAGAAGAAGAAAUGAAAGAUCCAGUUUGGGAUUAUGAAAUAAACCACAAAUUAAAAUAAAAAAAAAAAGUAAA